AUGUAAGCAGGUAAAGUAUAUCCAAUUCCAAAUAACCUUAAAAACCAAAAUAAAGAGUUAGAAAAAUAUGAUUAUAUGUAGUGUGUGGGAUCAAAUUUUGAAUUUACUUUAUUAGUAUCAAUGCUUGAUUGUUUUUUAGCUAAUGAAAACAUAAAUAAGAUUUAAAUGUUGGUAACACCAUAGAGAACUUAUACAUAUUCCUCACAACAAAUCGUUUAAAAAAUAUAAAAUUUCAUUAUAAAGGAGAGAAACUUAUUAACAUUCUAUCAAUCAGUGUAAAAUAGUGAUCCUUAAUUUAAAAAAGCAAAUUAAUUCCUUGAUGAAUUUUGCAAUAAUUAUGAAUAACCUUAGAGUUAAUAAUUAAAACAGAAAAUCAUUAUUUUAACCAAAAUAUUUUAAGUUUCAUUUUAUAUUUUUGGGCAGUUGAUAAGGAAAGUUGAAAAUAGUAAUACGUGGAUUUUAAUUUAUUAAAAUUAGAAACAGCUAUAUUAUUAUGUUAAAUAGUUUUAUGAAGAUUUCAAACCAAAAAUACAUACAAUACAUUUCUAAAAAUUGAAAUAAUCAGAUGUUUUAUAUGAAAAUUAUCAGACCUCAUAGAAUAAUAAUAUUGAUUACAAAAAUUCCACAUAUUAAAUAGUUAAAAAGAGAGUAAUUGAGGAAUCUAAAGAUGAUGAAAGAUAGAUUACAGAAUCAUAAUAAGAUUUAUCUAAAAGGACAUUUUAAAAAUAGAUUUUUGGAGAUUAAAUUGAAAAUCAAUAAUAUAAAGAUGAUCCGAAAAAUUCAAUUUAAUUUUGUAUGAAUUGCUAUGAUAGACCAUAAACUCCACUUUUUAUUAAUAAAAAUUGCGGUCAUUCAUUUUGUGCAAAAUGUAUAGAAAAUAUAACAAAUCUUGAAAAGUGCUACUUUUAAUGUUUAAAAUAAAAUUGUACAUAAUUAAUAGAUUCAAUAUCUGCAUUUUAUUACUGUCAAAAUAUUUCUACAUUUAGAAAAGAAAAGAUAAUAUAAUUAGAAUUUAAAAAAUGUAAUGGUUGUGGUAUUACUAAUAUUUUAAAAAGCAAAUAAUUUCAAAAUGAUUGCUAACAUACAUUUUGUAUAGAUUGCUCUAUAAUAUUUACAAAAUAAAGUUGUUAAGAUAAAAUUCCAUGUUCAUACUUUGGGUGUCCUUAUAACAUAAAUUAUCAAAAUUUGAAUAAAUAUCUAAAAUAAUAAUAAAUUAAGUUUGAGUGUUCUAAAUGCUAAUUAGAAAUAUAUAGAGAAAAUUUGUAUUUAAAUGAAACAUGUGCUCAUUAUUUAUGUAUCCCUUGUUUAGAUGAAUUGAUAUUGAAAAACAAGAAUAAUAACACUAUCUAAUAUUUGUGUCCAGUUCAUGAAUGCGAUAAAGUGUUAAAUCAACCUAAAUUUUCUUAAUUUUUGUGUGAAAACUAAUCUAAACUACUAAAUAAUUCAUCAAAUAUCUAAUUUUAAUUAUAAGAAUAAUAAGAUAUUUAUUAAGUUAAUUAAAUCUAACCCACAUUUCAAAUUAAGAAAUACUAUAAUGAUGAUAAAAAUAUGGGUAUUAUGAUGAAUUAUUAAGAAGAGAAAUAAAUUUAGAAUUAAAAUUAAUGUUCUUUGUGCUUUAAAGAUUUUUCUUCUAAUCAACAACUUAAGAAAUUAGAUUGUCUAAUUCAUUAAAUAGGAGAUUGUUGUUUUUCAAAGUAUUAACAAUGA